CACUUCAUUUAUGGGGGUGACCGAGAAAAGAAAGAGAAGGCACAACAAUAAUUGGUAGUGCAAAAGCUGAGGUUCCCCUUCGACCACCAUCACCACCAAACAGUUACUCUACAGUUCCCGAAAGAUCAUGAAUUUUAGGAGCAUGGAGGAAUUCUGGCCGUUCUACAUGAAUCAACACUCGAAACCAGCGACAAGGAGAUGGCAUUUUGUUGGCACACUGUCGAGUAUUUUGUGCUUGAUAUAUGCAGUUUUAUUUAACUGGUGGUUCUUCUUCUUUGCUCCUUUGUUGGGAUAUGGUAUGGCUUGGUAUAGCCAUUUCUAUGUGGAAGGUAACAUCCCUGCAACUUUUGGUCAUCCAGUUUGGUCGUUUCUCUGUGAUUACAGGAUGUUUGGUUUGAUGAUCACUGGUCAGAUGGAUAAAGAGAUCAAAAGACUUGGUAAAAGGCCUGUUUUGCAGGCCUAUUGAUGCUUUUUUUUUUCAAUUUCAAUUUGUUUAACUUACUCGUAUACAUGUAAGAAUGACAUGCUUGAUUUCGUCUUAUUUAAAUACUCUGGUUUGAGAUAGAAGUUUGUUUUUUUUUUGUUGUGUAUUGUGUGGAUCAUGUAUAAAAGAAUCUGAAGUAUUUUGAAGUGAAUUGAAGCCAUUGUUGAUUAUGAA